GAUAAACGCGGUAUCGCGGUUGAGAUAUCACGCUUACAUUUUCCGGGAUUCGUUAUGAACUCGUGAUAUUCGUGAGAAGGCCACGAAUUCUACGCUUUACGAGCAUAUGAUGUAAUUCUUAUAUACUAUACGACCAACAAAUUAGAAUUAGAGGGUUUUCCAAGCAGAAAGGUUAACUUUUACUCUGUGAUUCGAGAAUGUCACUAUAAUUUAAGAAUCUCAGAUAAAUAAACAGUACAUACUCAGUAUGGCUAACAAACAAUACGGUUUAAUCUUACCAAAGAAACAGCAACAGAAUACGGCGCCAAAACUUGGCAAUAUUUUUGGGGAUGACAAUGCCUCCGACGAAGACGAUGGCACCGAUUGGGUCAGAAAGGCUCUCAAGGCAGAAGGUGAAAAAAACAGGAUGAAGAAGCAAACAAAACUUGAUAUACAAAAGGCUCUGAAUGAAGACCCGACAAUCUAUCAGUAUGAUGAAGUAUAUGACGAUUUAGAACGUAGCAAGAACCAAUCUGAUAACGCAAUUAAACACAAAGAAAAGAAAUCCAAAUACAUACAGAAACUUCUAAAAACAGCUGAACGAAGAAAAAAGGAGCAGGAGCAUAGAAUAGAAAGAAUGGUGCAGAAAGAACGAGAAGCAGAAGGUGAGAUGUAUGCAGACAAGGAGAGUUUUGUUACAUCAGCAUACAGAGCAAAACUGGAAGAAUUUAAGAAGAUGGAGGAAGAGGAGGCUAAAAUGAAUAGAUUAGAAGCUAUUGGUGAUGUAACAAAGCAACAAGAUAUGUCAGGGUUUUACCGCCAUUUAUAUAAGCAGACAGUGGAUUAUAAGAGUGAGACUAACAAAGAUGAAAAUGGUGAGGCAAGACAAGAAAAUAUCGAACGAAAGGAAAGGAAAACUUCGAUAGACAGCACAAAUGAAGAAAGUGCAACAGCGAGUAAGAGAGCAAAUGAAAUGGAGGAAAAACAGAGAGCAAUUACAAAAUCUAAAAAAUCAAGACAAUAUAAACAGCGAACCAUAGAGAUGUACGAAUCUGACUCUGAAACAGAAAUAAGUAAAGAAGCGCUACAAAAAGAUAAAACUGUUGUUUUACUGGUGAACAAAGACUCUGUCAGAUCGAACAUACAAGAAUCAGAGGAAAAUAAACAGAAGUUAGAUAAAAACUAUGUAAAUAUGGUUAAAAAUAUCAUAGAUACUAAGGCUAAAGAUAUAAAUAUAAAAGAUACAGAGAUGCUUCAAGAUGACAAAAUUACUUCAGAAAGUGAAAAAGUUGAGAUUAAAGAAAAACUUGUUGAAAAGAAGGAUAGAUCCUCUAUUUGGGAAAAAAGAACUGUAGGUCCAGUAUUCGAAGCAGCAUUACAAAGAUAUCAUGCAAGAAAAGCAAAGAGAUUAGCUAUAGCCACUUAAAUGUAAUCAAUUUAUUAUGUUAGUUGUAUACAAUACUAAUACUAUCUGUUUCACUUUUAUAUUGAUUAAUACAUAAAUACUGGUUUUAUUACAAUGAAAUUAUACAAAAAGAUGAUAUAAUCUCCGAUUGUAAAAAUAUAUAAAAUAAAAAUUAAGGAUAAAUUAUUUUAUGACAUUAAAAAAUUACAAAUGUAUUUUAUGUAAAAAUGUGAUUGCAAGUUAAAAUGCUUAAACGAUAAUUUAAAUAGAUAUAACUGAUUGUAAAAA